AUGUAUUGUGGAAACAGUAGUCGUGGUCGUGGAUCUCGUUGUGAAUUAUGUUCAACAUUAAAUUUGAGAUAUAUGCCACAAAUACAAGAAUUCAAAUCAACAUGUUUCGAAUGUUACUGCAAUGGACAAGCGAUCGAAUGCAAACCCGAUGUUCCCGGUCGAUGUGAUUGUUUACUGUCUAUCGACGAUUCAUCAGUAACCCAACAAUGUUUAAAUCGUACACAAUAUCCUUCUUCUUCGUUGUCCUCAUGUCGAACAAAACUAUUUCAAUGUGAUCAAUGCAAACGUGGUUAUAGUGGAAUACAAUCAGAGCAAGGACAUCGAUGUUACAAACUAAUAUCAACAGAUACUUCUCAUUGUUUCGAUUAUUCAAAUCAUUCGUCUGAUUAUAAUUGUACAAAUUCUACAUCUCAAACAGCUAUUAAAAUGACAGAUCAAGAUAAUCAGAAAAACAAAGCAUUGGCAUUUGAAAUAACACCUGGUUAUAGAAAUCUAAAUAUUCGAAUAUUAAUUACGAUUUUUUCUGGUCAUGUGGAUGUUUAUUGUUCAAUUCGAAAUUCUAAUUUUAUUUUGCUUUAUGAUCGUCAUGAUGGUUAUCCGUACAUUUAUUUCGAUACGUCUAUCUUAUCCAAAGGGAUAAAGUUGGAACAAAUUAUUCAUGAAUAUAAUGCAACGACUAAUGACAAAAAUUUAGGUAAAGGAAAUCUGUUU